AUGUAUGUUGGGAAAGGUGCUGUGGUAGAGUCAUUACAUGUUGAGGGUAAUGAUAUAGUAGCUGUUACUCCGGAGGGGAGAGUAACUGGAUGUAGAAUAGGUGAGGUUAGUGUGUUAGCCCCCCUGUAUGUUGGUAUGGUUUUUCCUAGUUGGGAAGGGACUGAUAGCUAUUAUAAAAAAUAUGGUAAGCAAGAAGGGUUUGGUGUUGUUCGGGCAUCUUCGGCAUUUAGACAAAAGAAAGUAGGUGAAGAAAGGAAACGGCGUAAUGGGUCAUGGACAUGUGAAUGUUAUGGUAAGCCUGAAAGUAAGAAAAGAGUCAGUGGUUCGAUGUUUGUGACGGAUUCACUGGUUAGUGACGAAAGUGGUGUGAAGAAGUCAAAGAAGUGUCAAUGUCCUGCCAUGAUCUAUGCAAGUUUGAAUGAAGAUGAUGAGUGGGUGAUUAGGAGGGUUGUGUUAGAACACUUAAACCAUGAUCCUACACCAUCAAAGUCCCGACACAUAAGUAUGUAUCGCAAAGAGGAGUUGUCAAAUCAUGUAAGGAGAAAGCUAUUCAAUGAUUAUAAUUCAGGAGUGAAGAUACCCCAAAUACAUGAUUGUUUGGCUAGAGAGAGGAAUGGUGUUGAGAAUUGGGUCGUAACGGAAAGAGAUUUGCGCAAUGAAGUUAGCAAGGUUAAGAGGCUGAGGCUUAGGGAUGGUGAUGCUAACGCGAUGCUUGAGUAUUUCAAUAAAAUGACUGCAAAUAAUCAGAAUUUCUUUCAUAUGCAUAGGUUGGAUGAGAAUAAUUACUUAAAGGACAUAAUGUGGGUUGAUGCUAGGAGCAGAGUUGCAUAUGAGGAGUUUGGUGAUGUGGUUUGCUUUGACUCUACCUACCUCACUAAUGAAUAUGAGCUUCCAUUUUCUAAUUUUGUUGGUGUAAAUCACCAUGGGCAAAGUAUUCUACUUGGUUGUGCUCUAGUCUCUCAUGAAAAUACUGAGACGUUUGAGUGGCUAUUUAGGACUUGGCUUAUAUGUAUGGGUGGUAAGUCUCCUGGUGGGAUAUUGACUGACCAAUGUGCAGCAAUGCGCAAAGCGUUGCGGACAUCGAUGCCUAAUGCUCGUCACCGUUGGUGUCUUUGGCAUAUCACUGAAAAGUUUUGUGCAAAACUAGGAAUGAUUGAGGGGUAUGAAUAUUUCAAGGACGAGCUUUUGAAUGCCAUAUACGAUAGCUUGGAACCGGAAGAGUUUGAGGCGAAUUGGAGUUCAGUUAUAUUGAAGUACAAGAAGUUGUCCUCUAAUGAGUGGCUGGCAGGUUUAUAUCGGGAGAGGGAGAUGUGGGUCCCUGCUUACCUAAGGCACAUGUUUUGGGCGGGAAUGAAAACAACACAAAGAGUGGAGGGCAUGAAUAGUUUCUUCGAUGGGUAUGUAAAUAAACAUACGAGGUUGUAUGAGUUUGCUGAGCGUUAUUGUGAAGCAAUGGAAGUACGUGCGAACACAGAGAAGCUUGCAGACGCAAAUUCCGGGAGAUAUGUCCGUGAACUAGUGACUGAUUUUGCGGUAGAGAAAGUAUUCCAGCGUGUAUACACUGAUUCUAAAUUCAAGGAGGUGCAACGAAAGUGCAAUAGAACAAUAUAUUUAAUGUUCCAUGGGAAGAAUGUUAUAUCUGAUAACAUUGUAGAACAUUUUCUGGAGGAUAGAGUAUGGAUUCGAUGUCGGGAAACAAAGAAGGAAAUUCCUUCGAAGAAGAAGCGGACAUACAAGAUUAGGGUGGACUUGGUUUUGCAUGACGUUAGCUGUUCAUGUAAAUCAUUUGAGUGUCACGGAAUAAUGUGUCGGCACACCAUCAUGGCAUAUGAGAUGCAUGAUAAGUUGGAGGUCGCUGAGAAGUAUAUACUUAGGCGUUGGAGGAAAGAUGUGCAGAGGAAGCACACAAGGGUGAAGGUUGCGUAUCAUGAUCCUUUGAAAACAGAUGAGGUACGUCGUUAUGAUUUUAUAAUGGAGAAGUUUGUUCCUAUUUGUGAGAAUGCAUCGGUGUAUGAGGAAAAUAUAUUUGUUUGCGUGGAGUUGCUUGAUUUGCUGUCAAUAAGGGUAAGUGAGAGUAGUGCGAUGGUUUUGAGGCGGUUGAAUGGAGAGGAGGAGGAAGAUAUUAAUCCAUCCUCAGUAGGUAAGAAGAAGAAGUGCACCCCUGAUUCAGUAAACAAGGGGGGUUUGAAAAGCAAAGAUGCGGAAAAGGUAAAUGUGAAAGACCCCCCAUGUCGAAUGUUGCCUCACAGAACUCGUGAUGUUCGAUUCUACGGUGCUGUUGAAAAACCAAUAAAGAAGAAAUGUCGGAAAGGGAAGAGAGUGACAGUGACGAAGAAGAAGAGGGGUACUCCAUCGCUGGACAUGCAGCUGGGUGAGAGUGGUUUGAAUGGUUCACCAAUGUUGAACCCGUAUGCUUUAAAGACACCGGAAAGCGGAGGCGGCGACAUGAGCAUGACUUAUGGGUCUGCCAUUACAUCAACACCAAGUGGUGGGUUUGGUGUAUCGAUGGAGUUAGGAGAAUCGCACAGUGGUAUUCCAAUGGUAGAUGCAGAUGGGUCGAUAGGGUAUUUUACGCGGCUGCUUAGUAGCGGAGGAGUUGGGAGUGAAUUCACUAGUGCAUCUGUUGCGGGGUCUAAUGCAUAG